UUCCACUUUUGGAGGCGUUCGAUAUUUCAUGAUGGUCCAUUGCUUCUUCUUGGAGUGCACCUCACUUUAUUCCCCGUCGUAUCGAGCGAGCCAGAGUGCAAAGCUAUGCACUCGCGUGCCAGUGGGAUGAAUCUUAUUUGCUGCAGCAUUCGUCAACCGGUCAUUGAUAGCUGUGAGUACUCGUCACUUUGCAAUACAGAAGAAUGUCAAUGUCAUCUUCACGUUGGUGCUGAGCUCAGUUGUGAGCUCGACGAGACUGACGACACUUUCGUCUGGCGCGAUCAUCACCAACAAACAGAGAAGUUGAGUUGCUCGAAUCUGAAUCUGCCAAAUCGGGAACAUCCUUACAAAGUUGUUAUACACCACUGGAAUGGAACGUUGACACCAGAUCUUAUUAGAGGCCUUGCCGAGGUGAACGUUACAGUACUGCGAAUUUACGACAUUGACGAGACGACACCUCUCGUCGAAGCUCGCUAA